AUGGCGAAAGAAAUGGACCGUGACAUAUCGCGCAAAUUAGAGUCUUUCCGGGGUUCUGUCGCUACAGCAGCUGAGGACAUCAUCUUCCGCAUAUUUCCCAGCAAGAUAAUGUACGGCGCUUUACGCGAUUAUACCUCGCUACACUCACCAGACUCCCCCUUCCACAUCUCCCAUGCCUCGACUUCGACCGAUGCUACCGUCCACCCCGCUCCAACUCGCACAGACGGCGCUGAGGUCAAGAAACGGAAGAGGUCGGAGUCGGAUGACGGUUCAAGCACGACUCUAAACGACAUCGUCAACGCACGGUACCCCAGCGUUGUUCACGCCAACCGCCACAUUACGGGUUUGCGUCAGUACUUGAAGGACGAAUGCGAACAACUGGCCGAUUCAUGCGAUAAAGUCAAGCUAUGGAUCAAUAUUACGAUGCCCAAGAUCGAAGAUGGAGAUAACUUUGGUGUUCAAAUCCAGGAGGAGGUCCUAACUGAGCUCAUGCGCUCUCAAGAAAGUGCAUACAAUAUUCGUGAUGCUGUCCGCCAAGACCAUCUGGCUCGCGCGAAAAUAUGCUCAAAAUUGAUCAAAUAUCCGAAUGUCGAAGACUACGCGCUUGGCCUACGGGAGCACGACGAGAAACAGUUGUUCUUCGCUCGUCAGAACAUAAAGGACCUUCGCAACGUCUACGCUGUGAUGGCCGACAUCCUGCACAAAAACAUUGCCAAGAUUCGUGCACCCAAAGGCAACAAUGGCGCUAGUCUUUACUAA